CUGAGAGGAGCUGCAGUGUGUAUUGGCCACUCUGCGGUGCUUCAGAAUGGCGGAGGGGGGCGGCAGGUGCAGUGGAUACGCGAAGCUGAACGGGGACCGCGGGGGAUGGACCGACUAAUCACCCGCCGCUCAUUCUGUCAGCAUCAGGACCACAGCCAGACAGAUUUGGACUUAAAAUUAUAUCUUCAGGAAAUAUUAGACUGCAAUAAACUUCACCACUUCGAGAUGGAGAUAUAAGGGGACAUAUAUGGAACUCCUUAUCUUUUUAGGCUAAUUUAUGAAAUUGUUGAAUCUGUCUUGAAGACUCGUGUUUCAUAGUGUGCUUGUCAUAUUUGCUGCGAGUGAGACGCGACACGUCGGGAGUCUGCCAUCAUUGAAAUGCGUAAAAACGACCCUUUAACCGAGCCAGCUAUGCGUCUUAUUUUGACAUAUUAGCGUGUGAAUGCGUUGGGCUGUGGAGACAUUAGUGCGCAAAUCCCAGGAUGUUUUUAUUGGUGGUUUUUGUCGCCGCUGCGUGACGGUGUCUGUCCGUGUGUGUUCAGAACCCAGAUCGGUUCCAUACCAUCUCUCAACACUACGGCAGCUUGCGUGCCUCAGAGCUAAAACAAUAACGUGAUAACGGGACACUGUACCGGGCUGGGGACUGGAUCGGUGUUGCCGCGAUGCACCAGAAAGAACAGGCCACCUUGCACUCUACCGUCUGAAGAAAAGGAACAUAGAGGAGCGGAUUCCCUCACUAUAUGAAAUACGUCAUUUUAUCAAACGGUUUAGACCUCAGCAAAUCGACACAAAUUGGGAUUAUUCGAGCAUAUGGAGACAGAGAGAGAGGAUCAAUGAUUAUUUCCUCAAGGCUCCUUCUUAUCUUCCUUCAACCCUGCAGCACAAGACAGGCAAGAAGAAGACGUGUGGAGGCAGAGAAUGCUGCAAUCUACUGACUGGAAGAUGGGACUGUGACCCCUUCAAGAUCACCUGACCUGAUUGGGCCAACCGGAUGUUCAACGCGCCAACCGACGUCUCUGGCAGGGCAAAACCAGGAACUAAAACAUCUUGAUCCUCUAGAGGGACCUUUUUAAAGUCGACUCUCUCCCCCCCACUUCUUUCCGGUGGGGGGGAGGGCAUAGCAGUGAGCCUAUCACAGCUCGAGAUUGGUCAAUUCAUUACCCAGUUAGCCUAUCACAGCUCAGGACUGGUCCUUCAUUAACCAAAGCCUAUCACAGCUCAGGACUGGUCCCUUCGCUAGCCAGUUAGCCUAUCAACUGUGAGGUUACUGAGACCAGGACCAGACCAGCAGCAUGGAGGCUAGUCAGCGCCAAGGCCAGGGCAGCCCAGAGAGCCCUAACCGGGCGGUGGAGUACCUCCUGGAGCUCAACAACAUUAUAGAGAGCCAGCAGAAGCUCCUGGAGACCCAGAAACACCGUAUCGAUGAGCUGGAGGUUCAAUUAGACCGGCUGGCCCAGGAGAAUAAAGACCUACGCCUCGACCGCCAGCGACCUUUACCCCCUGAACCGCCACCCUGCCCCCCGCCACCACCUGCCACCAAAACAUCCAUACCCUCUGUACCAGUCCGCCCUGUUCAGACCCAGUCUUAUAAUCGUACCAGUACCAACACUACAGCCAUACAGACCCCCACCCCCACCCCCACAGCCCUUCCAACCCCACCCCGGUGCUUGUACGGGAUCAACGCAAACCUCAAACCCCCAAGACCCCACGCCGUACCCCCACACGCCCCAAACCCCCAAACGUACUCCAGUCACCACCCAGACCCCACACACUCCGCAGACCCCCAAACGAACCCCAGUCACCACCCAGACCCCACGCACUCCGCAGACCCCCAAACGAACCCCAGUCACCACCCAGACCCCCGCACCCCGCAGACCCCCAAACGGACCCCCCACACACGGCUGACACGAACCAUCUCGACCGGAACAGGCACCAGCUUCGUGGAGAUGGAGAAGGAGAGACUGGAGAGGAUGGAGGAAGAGAGGACAGAGAGACUUCACAGCUCCACCUUGGGAAACCCCACCAACCACAGACAGUCAGACGGACACUUCAACAAAGACAGGUCACCACCUUAUUCCGCUUGUUGUGCUACCUCUUCUCGUUCCAAUCCACCUACCACCACCACCGUCACUACUCCUGUUCCUAGUUCUACCUCCUCCCUUCACAGCAGUCUGACAGCUAACAGUCAGUCCAGCUCCACCCUCCACCAGUACUGUUGUCCUGCCCGGCUGCUCCUGCCCAAGCCGCAUUGCUCCCUCUCCUCGCCCAGGCACUCCGACCAGGCAAGAGAUGAUGAAGACGAUGACAUCGCCCAUCAGUUCUGUUGCCCCGCCUCCGAGUGCAGUAGCCCGUCCUCUAGUGAGAGAGCACAUGGUGCUCACCCCAGGACGUUGUACAACUCUUAUCUUAACCAUACCAAGGAGAAGAGAGGACUACCACAGAAAAACUCUUAGUUUCCAACUCCUCAAACGUUUAAAUAUUCAAAUGUUUUGGGAACAGAAGAGUUCUGCUUUAUGAGUAAAAUAUCUGAAAACUAAAAAAAAAAUAGUUUAAAGUUAAACCAUAUUUUAGUUUGAGUUCCCUUAUCAACAACAAUAAUAAUAUGGAAAUGAAAUAGUCUUCUACUAGUUUGAUAUAUAUUAGGUCUGCCCCAAACCCAGUUAUAUAUUAGGUCUGCCCCAAACCCAGUUAUAUAUUAGGUCUGCCCCAAACCCAGUUAUAUAUUAGGUCUGCCCCAAACCCAGUUAUAUAUUAGGUCUGCCCCAAACCCAGUUAUAUAUUAGGUCUGCCCCAAACCCAGUUAUAUAUUAGGUCUGCCCCAAACCCAGUUAUAUAUUAGGUCUGCCCCAAACCCAGUUAUAUAUUAGGUCUGCCCCAAACCCAGUUAUAUAUUAGGUCUGCCCCAAACCCAGUAAUAUAUUAGGUCUGCCCCAAACCCAGUUAUAUAUUAGGUCUGCCCCAAACCCAGUUAUAUAUUAGGUCUGCCCCAAACCCAGUUAUAUAUUAGGUCUGCCCCAAACCCAGUAAUAUAUUAGGUCUGCCCCAAACCCAGUUAUAUAUUAGGUCUGCCCCAAACCCAGUUAUAUAUUAGGUCUGCCCCAAACCCAGUUAUAUAUUAGGUCUGCCCCAAACCCAGUUAUAUAUUAGGUCUGCCCCAAACCCAGUUAUAUAUUAGGUCUGCCCCAAACCCAGUUAUAUAUUAGGUCUGCCCCAAACCCAGUUAUAUAUUAGGUCUGCCCCAAACCCAGUUAUAUAUUAGGUCUGCCCCAAACCCAGUUAUAUAUUAGGUCUGCCCCAAACCCAGUUAUAUAUUAGGUCUGCCCCAAACCCAGUUAUAUAUUAGGUCUGCCCCAAACCCAGUUAUAUAUUAGGUCUGCCCCAAACCCAGUAAUAUAUUAGGUCUGCCCCAAACCCAGUAAUAUAUUAGGUCUGCCCCAAACCCAGUUAUAUAUUAGGUCUGCCCCAAACCCAGUUAUAUAUUAGGUCUGCCCCAAACCCAGUUAUAUAUUAGGUCUGCCCCAAACCCAGUUAUAUAUUAGGUCUGCCCCAAACCCAGUUAUAUAUUAGGUCUGCCCCAAACCCAGUUAUAUAUUAGGUCUGCCCCAAACCCAGUUAUAUAUUAGGUCUGCCCCAAACCCAGUUAUAUAUUAGGUCUGCCCCAAACCCAGUUAUAUAUUAGGUCUGCCCCAAACCCAGUUAUAUAUUAGGUCUGCCCCAAACCCAGUAAUAUAUUAGGUCUGCCCCAAACCCAGUUAUAUAUUAGGUCUGCCCCAAACCCAGUUAUAUAUUAGGUCUGCCCCAAACCCAGUUAUAUAUUAGGUCUGCCCCAAACCCAGUUAUAUAUUAGGUCUGCCCCAAACCCAGUUAUAUAUUAGGUCUGUCCCAAACCCAGUUAUAUAUUAGGUCUGCCCCAAACCCAGUUAUAUAUUAGGUCUGCCCCAAACCCAGUAAAAACCUUUUCUCAUCAACUGUGUUGCAAUCUUUUUGUCCGAAUUCUGAAAAAAUCCAGAUUCCUUUUUUUCACGCAGUAAAAACCCAUUCACCUCAA